AUGCGCAAACAUUGCCCCCAUACCCUCCUUGAGCUGCAGAAUGCAGCACUUGUCAUCAACAAUGCGCUUUGCAAAGAGCAUGCUAGCCAUCUGCCAAAGGAUAGUAAGCCUAGCAAGUUGUCCAACCCCACAAGGGGGACAAAUACUGGCCAACAGGCCACCAGUUCAAGGAAACUCUCCAACAAUCCCAACUAUGUGUUGGAAGAGGAACAAAAUUGCUGCCACACUGCUGGUGCCUGCAUCAAGUGCGGCAAAAUGGGUCACAAGUUUGCAGAAUGCUGCACUGGGUGGAAGGGCACCCCUAUCAAGGAAGGAGCAAAGAAGGAAACCACCAAGAUUGGCAAAGAUAAAAAUGCACCCCUGUUUACAAUUUCUAUCAAGCCAGAUAAAGCAGAACAACUAGAAGCCCUGAUUGACUCAGGCGCCACUUCCUCAUUCCUCAACCCACAAAUUGCCAAGGCACUAUGCCUACCACUAAUAGACCUCCCCUCUCCCCAAACUGUUACAAUGCUUGAUGGGUUGAGUCCCCAGGCUGGUAAAAUCUGGAAGAAGGCUAACCUGACCUUCUCCCUUGAAGGCAAACAUAUGACUGAGACCUUCCUUAUAUGCAAUACAGGGUCUCAUGCCGCUAUCUUGGGGUUGAAAUGGUUAGACGCGCAUAACCCAGAAAUUGAUUGGAACCUACAUACACUCUCCUUCCCACACAUGCCCCCAGAACAUGUGAAUAUUGCCAAAGAAGAGGAAGCAGACCCCAAGCCACUUGAAGGAGUACCCUCCAAAUACCACCAGUAUGCUAAGGUGUUUGGAGAGGAAGAAUUCAAUAAACUCCCUCCACAUAGGCACUACAACAUUGGAAUUGAGCUGACAGAAGAAGGUCCCCUUAAUUUGCCCCUAUACAGCAUGACCAAUGCCAAAUCCACCACACUUAAGGAUUGGCUCAGGGACAAACUUAAGGCAGGGAAAAUCCACCCUAGUAAAUCAUCCAUCAGCUCCCCUGUCAUGUUUGUACCAAAAAAGGACAGGUCAUGUUGCUUGGUUGUGGACUACUGCUGUCUUAACAACUGUACCAAAAAGAACGUCUAUCCCUUACCUUGCCCAGACAACCUAAUGGCCCAACUUUGUGGCGCCAAGGUAUUUACCAAACUGGAUUUACAAUGGGGUUACAAGAACAUCCAUGUUAAGGAGGUCUCUGGUCAUGACCUUUGGCCUAACCAACACCCCGCUGCAUUCCAGCACUUUAUGAACAAGUUAUUCAAGAACCUACUGGAUGUAUGUGUCAUCAUUUACCUGGAUGACAUCCUGGUUUACUCAAAGGAUGACGUAUCCCACACCCAACAUGUUCAUGAGGUCCUAUGGCGCUUAAUGGAGAAUCAACUGUUUUGUAAGGCUUCUAAAUGUACCUUCCAUGUCACGUCAGUAGAGUACCUAGGGAUCAUUGUGUCAGACAAAGGUUUCAGCCUGGAUAAGCUCAAAAUCCAGGUGGUCCAGGAAUGGCCUACACCCACCAAGGUGAAGGAAGUUCAGUCCUUCCUUGGGUUUGCAAACUUCCUCCAUUGCUUUGUUGCAAACUUCAGCCACAUGGCCAGACUGUUACACAAUCUGGUCAAAAAGGACACACCAUGGAAAUGGGGGACUAAGGAACAGGAAGCAUUCCAAGGGCUCAAAAAUGCAAUCACCAAUGCCCCAGUACUGUGCCACACGGACCCCACUAAGCCAUAUUUCCUGGAAACCAAUGCGUCUGGCACAGCCUUAGGAUCUAUACUCAGUCAACAACAAGAAGACAGAUGUCUACAUCCCUUAGGAUUCCUUUCCAAAUCAUUCAAAGGUGCCAAGCAAAACUAUGAUAUGCACAAUAAAGAACUAUUAGCUAUCAUACAGUCAUUUGAAUAUUGGCGCAUAUUUCUGGAAGGAACCCAGCAUCCCAUAACAGUGUUCAUGGACUAUUGGAACCUAGAAUAUUGGAAGGAAUCAAGAAUGUUUAACUGUUGUCAUGCGCAAUGGCACCUCCUACUAGCCGGGUACAAUUUCCAAAUAGUCUACCACCUGGGGAAGCAAUCCAGGAAGCCCAAUGCACUCUCACGCCACUCUGAUCAUGCCAAUAUACCAUUGGAACCCCAAUCUAUGCUCCCAGACCCUGUCUUUGCUAACAUUGCACUAGGAGUCCCCAAAAAAGAGUUGCAAUGGCAGAUCAAAGCAUUGCUGGAUCAGGACAAGUCCCUGGAAGAAAUCCUCCAGUUUCUCCAGAACAAUUCAAAGGCACCCCUGUCAAUCAAACACGCAUUCAGGGAUUAUGAAAUGGAAGCCAGAUUGUUAUUCUAUCAGGGCUGCAUUGUAGUACUGGAUGUAGGGGCUCUUAGAACGGACUUACUACACAUUUUCCAUGACAGCCCCUUGGCAGGGCACACAGGCAGGCAGCAGACACUCAAACUUGUCUCCCAUACCUAUUACUGGCCAGGCAUCCGUGCUGUUGUACACCACUGUAAGGUGGGUACUUGCUAG